UGUGCAAGGACAUUGGGCCGAAGAAGUACUUCCAGGACUGUAAUAAUAAAUUAGGAACAGGAAAGUGGUGUCAGUCAAGGAGUGAAAAAGAUCGGAUUUGUAGACAAUAAUCAAAAACAAAUUAAUGACUGUUGUCUGGUAAAGACUAUGAAGAGGCCGCGGAAUGUUGACUGCGGAAAGAUUCGGCGUCCGCUGAAAAGAAGUAAAAUAACAGAUGGUAUCUACGGAAGCACUUUCCUUUACUUGAGGUUUCUCCUAGUUUGGGCGCUUGUUCUCAUGGCGGAUUUUAUCUUGGAGUUCAGAUUUGAGUACCUGUGGCCUUUUUGGUUGCUUCUCAGGAGUGUUUAUGACUCUUUCAAGUAUCAAGGAUUGGCUUUCUCUGUGUUCUUUGUGUGCAUAGCGAUAACAUCAGAUGUCAUCUGCUACCUGUUUAUACCAGUGCAGUGGCUGUUUUUUGCUGCCAGCACAUACGUUUGGGUGCAGUAUGUGUGGCACACAGAAAGGGGCAUAUGUCUUCCUACAGUUUCUUUAUGGCUGCUGUUUGUUUACAUUGAAGCAUCCAUACGACUUAGGGAGUUAAAGAGCUUACCAUUUAAUUUAGACCUUUGUAGACCUUUUGCUUGUCAUUGCAUUGGGUAUCCAGUUGUUACCUUGGGGUUUGGUUUCAAAAGUUACGUUUCUUAUAGGAUGAGAUUGCGUCGACAAAAAGUUAUACAGAAAGAAAAUGAUUUUUACCUUCAAAUUUUACAACAAGCACUACCUGCUGAAGUUCAGUAUGCUGACAAACCUAAAGCUUUACCAUCCAAGGCAGACGAGGACGUAAUCUCAAAUGGUGUAUCCAGCUCAAAUAAAAAAGUUUCUUUGUCAAAAUUAGAUGAUGAAAAAGACUCAUCUUCGCCUGUUUGUUCUGUUAAAACGAAAUCUAAAGGUGGUGAUAUUAAUGAAGAUGAUGAAAUCGAGUAUAUAGAAAAAAGCUUGCCUCGUAAGCCAUCUAAUGUCAAUCAAUUUGACGAAAAUUCUGACAAUUUUACCAAUGAACAGCAGGUUAGCAAAGGGUUUAAAUCAGGAAACAGCAGUGUUGCUGCAGCGGUGGCUGUGGCGGCAGCUUCAGCUAUCCCUGUACCCUCCAACAAAACUAGUAGUAAACAGUUAAACAGCUCUAAGGACAGUGGUUUGUCUAGUACCACUUCUUCUAAUUCAUCUUUGACACAUCCGCCAUCUUCGUCCUCUACAAAAAAAGGAAAAAAUAUGUACAGAGAGCUUCAGCCUUCACCUUCGCCCUUGUCUUAUACAAAUAACAAAGAAGAAGUUAUUCAGAGAUUAGAAUCAGAUGUUAAAAAGUUAAAAGCAGAUCUGCAAGCUAGCCGGAACUCAGAACAUGAAUUGCGCUCUCAAAUCAGCAGUUCUUCUUCAGAGGAAAAAGCGAUGCGUUCAGAAUUAUAUCAGCUUCAACAGGAUAAUGAAAAUUUACAAAACAAAUUACACAAUUUAGUAACAUCUCGGCAGCAGGAUAGACAGACUAUAGCUACAUUAGAAAAGAAAUUAACAGAUGAGAAAAAAGCUAAAGCUGUCUUGGAGCAACAGCUUGCAAAUGAGAAGAAAAGUAAAACUGUAGAAGCAGCAGCAGCUGCUAGAGCUGUAGCUAUGGCCACUGCAGCAAGAGGAGAGUGCACAGAUAGUUGUAAAGCCAGACGCAGAGAUUUUGAUAAUGAAAUGAAACAGUUACGGCGAGACAACAAACUUCGUGAAGAUCAAUACAGACAGUUAGAGAGAGAAGUCCAGGUAAAUGCUCUGAGACAAUACAAAGAUGCACAAAAAGAAACUGAGGUUCUAAUGAAAGCGUUAUCUACAAUGCAAGACAAAAACACAGAAUUAGAAAAUAAUCUUUGCGCAGAAACUCGUUUUAAACAAGAACUGUUUUCAGCUCUGGGCAAAGAAAGAAAUGAAAUUAAAAUUUUACAGAAUCUUGUUGCUGAGAAAGAUACAGAGAUUCUGGAACUGAAGUCCAAAAUAGCAGAAGUCAUGGCUCUGAUACCCAGCCCAGCUGUUACUACAUACUCCCACCACUCAAAUGAAAGAAACUCCUCCCCCUUGUUCUCCUCCAGCUUCAGCCCAGCUCAGGAUAGAUCCUCUAUGCAGGUCUACAAUGGCAAUGACCUUGCUUCAUCUUCUGAGUUAAACCCAAAUGCAUCAGAUUACAAGCCCAAAUCAGUCAUCUAAUGACUAGACACAGACAUGUAUACAAUGAUUACAUUUAUGUUUUUCUGUCUUUAUUUUCUUUCUGUCAGUUGUUAUGAAGAGUCAGGUGGUGUCCCUCUUUAUCCCUUGUUCACUUUCUCUCCAUUUAUAUCCCUCGACCCGUACUUUUUGUUAUACAUACCACAAAAUGUGGUUGAUGUUGCUUUUGAAAAAAGUAUAAGUAAUGUUAGUUUGAAUUUUAAUACUACGUUCACAGUAUAUUUCAUGAAGUGUAUAGUAUUUCUCUUAAUUGUAAGAAAAUUCUAUGUAAGUUGAUUUCAAAAUUAAGAUUGAAUCUGUAUUUUAUUUCACAACCAUCAGUGAAUGAUUCAAGCAGCACAAGACAUGACUAAACAGUUCAAACAAGAAAUGCCAUAAAAUACUGGUUUACGCGUGUUAGUUGAAAUUCUUCCUUGCUAAUCACUCCACUGUUUGAUCUUAAAACCACAAAACAAAUUGUGUUCUCAGCAUUUUCACUGCUGGAUAGGUUCAAAGAAAAAGCUAGAUUAGUAGAUGUUAAGAGUAAAGUUAAAAUUUUUAUAAGAUAGAGUACACUUAAACAAUUUUUAUAAGACAGCUUUGUUUUUGAAAACUAUUUUGGUAAUUUUAUUAUAAUUUGCUUUUAUUAUUUUUUAAAUCAUUAUUAUACAAAACUUAAAAAAAGAAAAUUCAUAUCAGCUAUUUUUAACCCUAAGAUAACUAUUUUUGUUUUUAAUAUUUUUAAUGUCAGAUUUCUAAAAAUUACUAACAUAACAAUCAAUACAAUUUUUUGGCUUCAGUUUAUUUUAUUGCUGUUGCAGAAAAAUAAUCUCAGUUGUUAACUAUUAGCCCUGUUUCUCACAAGCACAAAACUAAACAUAUACUUUUAAAAGUAAUUACAUAUUUCAUCUCUUUUUUUGCAUGUGCUAGUACAGUAGAAUAAUGCAAAUUUGUAAAAAAAAAAGUAACUAUAGCACAUAUAGUCUCAAAACAUGGUUCAACCAUUUUAUAAACAGUAUGUUUGCAGCCCACCUGCUGAACAAUUAUUUGUUUCACAUCUGGAUGGUGCUGUUUUUUUUUUAAUCAGUAAUUCAAAUGACUUAAAUAGAUAUCAUUGGUUGCAAUUUAAGUCGAUUUAAAAAGUCAUCUUAAUAGUCAUAUCAUAUUGAUACAUAAGAUAUUAAUUGUAUGUUAUUAACAUGUAGUGUCUGACAAAUUUAUCCUGUGAAAGAUAUCAGUUUUAAUUUUAGAUUUGUAAAUGGAGUAUGAUACAAUAGUGAAAAUAUUACUUUGAAAUAUACAAAUUUGACUGUAUUUGUUGAUUUUAUGUUAAAAGCUCUGGUACAUUUUAUUUGCGCUUCAUAUAAGGUAGUCUUGCCUUGCACCUUGCCUGAUUGUUUUAUCUCUACAAGAGCCUAAUUUAUUUAUUUUUCACUUUUUUUUUGACAUUUUAUUUUAAACAAUCUUAAAAAACACAAGAAGUAGAUGAUAAGAGGUCUAAAUGAUUAGAAAUCUAGAUUUUUUUUAAAUGCUGAGAAGUUAAAUGUAAUGCAAAAUAAAUCUACUACAAUAGCAGUUUGAUGUAAUAGAACUUUUUUGUCCUCCCUGUAUGACCUAGUAAGACAGAAAGGAUGAAUCAUGUGAUAUCAUGAGUGUCUAAUAGUCUUCAAAUCUAUCAUGCCCAUCAUAUAGUUUACAAGUUAAUCUGUAACAGGUAACAACAAACCCCAAACAAAUGCAGGGUAACUGAAUAGUUUCAGUAAUAUAUUUCAUUGUACUUACUCAUAUUUAUUUAUAGAAGGAAUAGCAUUUAUUGCUAUGUGUGUAUUUCUAGUUUGUAUUAAUAAUACCACUGCUGCUGUGUCUAGGUUAGUACCUGAGAUGUUUCAAAUUUUAAUCCCCCAUUGUAAAAAUAGAUCAGGCUUGAUUGAUCUUGGGUAAUUUAUUUUUAAAUUGAUUUCUUGUAAAGUUAAACAAGAUAUAGAGUUCAGUUGUAAAUUUUUAAUUUUUCAAUUCUUUAAUGGGCUUAAAAUAUCUUCUUGUUGCUACGUAACAAAAAGGAAAUAUUUUCAGAUUAGAAUUCAAAACAUGUGAAAGUCCUUUCAAGAAAAUUAUAAUAUAAUUUAUGUGACUGAAAUCAAGUUCUGCAUUAAAGUUUGAGUAAUUACAUAAGUAGCAAAUUCUUCCACUUAAAAUCACAUUUAAUUUCUUAAUAUGGCAAACUUUUGAAAUUAAUUAAUAUUUGGUAUUUUUUAAAGGGCAUGUAAUCAAUCCAAAAUAUUACAUUAAGAAAUCUAAUGUGACUUAAGUGGAAGAAUUUGCCACUUGCGUAAUCUAUUUAAUCAGCUGUUAAUUUCUUAAGAAUAGUGGAGUUGAUAUCAACAUGAUUUUCAUUGAGCAGGUGUAAAGAAGAUAAUGGAAUAAAUAUUUAAACACGGGUAGAUUAUUAGAAUAAUGGCAUUUCAUAAAACCUAUGACUGACUAAGCAACUACAAACCACAUUUUGAUUAUCUUCAUGUUAGUUGUAACUUGUUGGCUUCACAUUUCUGUAUUAUUAUAUUUUGUGUAACCACUGUCAUAUUAUCAACUUUGUUAUAUGCUAUCUUCUGUUAAUUAUUUUUUCCAAAAUAGAUCAGAUUAUUUUUGUAUAGCUAAAGAAUUUAGCAUUCUCUUUUAAAAAUGAAUCUUCAUGCUUUGAGUUUUAAACUUCCUUUAUAGGUAUGUUCAAGUAAACUAAAUUAAAGGGAGCUAACCUAAUAUUUUUUUCUGUACUUUUUGAAAUUGCUUCAACAAUUUUCGGUUGUAACAGUGUUGUAGUACUUUGUUGUGAUUCUGAUCAGUGAAUGUUGUCACCAUUGAUUUGUUCAUUUUGUGCUACAAAAGUUCAAGGGUUUUCAGGUUGUGGAGUAAACAAAGAAACACUGCUAAUUUUGAUUCAAUGUUUAAUUACAAACUUGUACAAGAUGAUUAUAAAUAUAGCCUGUCUCUGCUAAUGCUAAUUUAAAUGCAUUUUAAAAACUGUGACCUUAAACAGGUUCAUAGUAGAAAUAAAACAGCCAGUGCACUGGUGCAUACAAAUACU